AACCCACUUCCAGGGGGGAACCAGUGGUGAAGAUAGUAGCGAGAAAUGCUGCUACAGCCAUAUCUGUACGACUGCCACUGGGACGCUGAAGUGAAUUUUUCCUAGUGGACCUGUGGUCGGUUGCCCCAUUAAUGAAACGAAUUGAUAUAUAAAUGUCAGUGCUAGGUGGUGUCCUGACCUUCCUUAAUAAUUAAAACACUCAUAUAUCAACCAAUUAGAUGGAAGCAGCCCUCCUUGACGUGCAUCAUAUCUCAGAUUUCGGGCCCGCUACGACAACUCAAUGUCUCCAUGCCUACCAACCACCGCGCAAUCUUUACAGAAGAAUGGAACAUGCAUUUCUGUCCCAAGGACGCGAUAGAUCGGCGGCGGGGGUUGGGAACUACGUGGUUACAUAAGAAAGGCAGUACUGGCGUCUUUUGCGAUGCCUGGCAGGAUUUCCGAAUCGGCAAGUGGCAAAAAGAGUUGGAGGAAAUGGAAAAGAGGGCAGAGUUGAUUAUUCUUCUGGCGCAUGGUGUGGUCCAGGAGACAUGUGUUUGUCAAGGAGGGAUCAGAAUGAGUGACCAUCAUUCCCGGCACAACUCCCCAGUGGCAGAAACGCCUUGGCUUCAAAAGUCCAUGCGUGAGAGCAAUCAUAUAGGAGACGGUAACCUGCCGAUCGGACAGCCUAUUCCCCCUGUUCUCCUUGAACAUUCGCAACACCGGUCUACAGAUGCGGAGUAUGAAUCAACACACCCUCCAUCACAAACGUCUUUAGCUGAUUGCACCGAGGCGUCCACUGUGUCAAUGGAAACAAGGAUACCUAUCCAAGGGCCAACCGGACAACAAGAUACAGCACUUGAGGAUCUAAAUAUGAAAUGUUUUACCACGACCAGAAUCAUAUCAUCUGCAGAUAUGUCGUGGUGCCCCGAACUCCUAGUGUAUGAAUCGGAUUCAACCCCUCGUAGUCCAAGAGACCCCGAUGCUAUGAGUACUGACCACCAUUGGGCGUUCUUGAUGGAAGAUCAGGGCUUAAAAUUGGAUCGGGAGAUCCAAAGCAUGGGGCUAGAUUACUGGGCACGAGUACUUCAAAACAAUAUCAGUCUUCGUGGGAAUUGAAAUUUUGGGGGCUGUGCCGAAGUAUUCCCGCCCUGCGUGUUGAAUCUUCUAUCUCCAGUGUAUUAUAUUUCAACUUGAGAUUCAUAUAUGACGCUCUAUCCUCUA